AUGAUUUUUCCUGUGUUGAUUGCUUCUCUUGUACUCCAAGUGCUCUCUCAAGGACAGUUGUACCCUCAGCAUUGGUAUGGUGCUCAUCAGGUUCAUAAAAACCAAAUUCAUCAGAAGACUGUCGUUUUGAAUCAGGGCAAUAUUCGAUCCGGCGUCGUUCCUGAAUUCAAUCCUCCCCCUAGCGUAGUUUCUGGAACCAUGGCUCCACAUAUUUGUGGUUUUAACACAUAUACAAGGUUUUCGUAGAGAAAGAAUUUUUGAAAACCCUUUUUUCAGAAGAUGUAUGGAUCCUGAAGGUUACUGCCCUGGAAAAUGUAUGAACUUCCGAUACACUUACAAUACCUUAUACGAUUGUCGCUGUUUGGUCAUUUAA